AUGCGCGAAUUAUAUUGGGAGGAAUUUCAGAAAAAAUGUUGUUGGGAUGAAAUAAUAGACUCGCUGGUGAGGCAAGCUUGGGAAGUCUGGAACUCUUGGCAAUUAAAAUGGAAUACAGAAGAAUACAAGCUAAAAUCUAAGCAGAACAAGAAAAAUUGGCGUAACGGUGUGGCUGAUGGAGUAGCAAAACCUACACAUAAUGCUGGAUCCACAAAUCAUUUGAAGAUAGCUUCUGAUUUGAAGAGGAAAUUAGGACAUGAUCCACCCCAUAGUGAAUUGUUCAUGUAUACCCACACGAAGAAUCACGAUGGAGUCACUUUCACAAAUGAAAAAGAUAGACAAAUUCAUGCGGCCUAUACAGAAAAACAGGAAAAGUUGGAAGCUGAAGGUGUUGAAUUUGAGGAGGACAAGCUAUUUUAUGUUGUUGUUGGUGAAGAAAUGAGGGAGCUUGUUGCUAAACAAAAACAGCAAAACGAAGAGCUUAAAGAAAUGAUGAACGCCCAACAAGAGGAAAACAUAGCAAGGGUCGGGCAUCUUGAAAAACAACUUCAAACGACAUUGGAUCUUAUUAAUGUCUUUACAAAACAACAACAGUAG